AGCAACUCCGUUGUCGCUUGCCAAAGCGCACCGACGCAGUCCCGUGCCGCACCAUUCAUCCCAUUCGGAAAACAAACAUCAAACAGCACACCGCCAUACAAAACAGGACAAUACUAAUGGAAGACAACGCCAAGAGUCCCACGGCAAUGGCGGAAGCGUGUGAGGCUCAACUGGCUGACAUUCGCGAAGAGGUACGGCGGGACCCGCUGCUUUCCGUGCCGCUACCGCUCGACAAGCACUCCCGACUCGUGCAGGAGGUGAAGGGGGACGAGGCCUACAUGACGCAGUCCCUGUCCCUCUUCGGUGCUUCAGCGACAUCCACGAAGCAAUACAACUUUACAAGAAUCCGCUACGCGCGUCGCGACGGCAACUGCUUCUACCGAUGCGCCGGCUUUCGACUGUGCGAGCUCAUUGUCCAGCAUCCUGAAAAGGCUCCAGAUUUUGUUGCAAGACUGAAGAGCUUAGAGCCGCUGCUGACUGCGAUGUUUGGGGACUUCGUCUCCGACUUUACGGAGGUGCUGAUGGAGGUGAUACAGGGUGUUGUCUCUGGAAAGGUCACCACGACGGCGCAGGUCUACCAGCGAUACACCUCCGACGAUGGGGCCUACCUGAUUGUGGCGCUGCGCUACAUCGUCUCUGCGUACCUGCAGGAACACGAGGAUGACUACCUGCCGUUUGUAGAAGGACUGGGCUACGGCACCGUGAAGGCCUACUGCAACAUGGAGGUGGAGGCGGUCGACCACGAGAGCGACAACGUGCAGCUGGCUGCAUUUGCGAAAGUGCUGGAUGUGUGCUUGAUGGUGUACGGGCUGGACCGCAACGCCGGGGCUAACGUGACCGAGUACUCCUUCAACGACGAGAAUAACGCGGAUGGCCAUCGCGUGACGAUUGAGCUGCUGUACAUGCCGGGGCACUACAACCUCCUCGAGAGGUGA